AUUCUCAUUGGUAACACAACACCCCUCAACUCAACUAUAAAACUAUUUCUUUUUUUCCUAUAGUUCUUCAGCAGUGAUCCCUUAUUUUAUCUUGGAGUUCGGAUUCUGUUUCACAAGAAAGAUACAUGAGACGCCAAGUGGACGCCGAAGACCACCAGCUAAGGGUGUUAUACGAGCUAUGUUCCCUCAUCAUUCACACUCUCAAGUUUCCUCCGUUACCCUACCCUUUUCCCACCUCGUACCCAUGUUCUUCUUCUCGCGCUUCUUCGUCUUUGUCGCAUUCUAGGAGACAUCACUGGUGGACAACGUUGGCUACCUCCCAGGAUUCCCCGGCAGCAUUCGCGUCGCUGUUUCUGGGCAUGUCCCUGUCCCUCAUGCUUCUCGGGGCGGUCACGUUCCUCGUUGGGUUGCUGCUGCUGCCUUGGGUUACUCUUCUGGUGCUGGUUUUCUAUGUUGCUGCACUUGUCUCCAAUUUGUCUGUGUUGGGCCGUUUCAUUCUUGGGUCCAUCACGUUGCAGAGGGAUCUUCCACAUGAGGCUAAUAUAUACCGCUGAAGCUUUAGGAGGGAAAAGAAAUUGUCCGAGACAUUGAGGUUAGGUAGCAGAUCACAAAUACAUAUGUCAUGAUAAAUAAUAAGUGAAUCUGGUUGAGAUUUUGAUGACUUCAUUUGCUUGCAAUAAAAUGAACGAUUUCAUCUUUUUGCUCGUUUCAAUUUUAAUUUUCUCAUUCUAUUUUCGCA